UGUUAUUAACACAAAAAGAGUUAAUUAUAGCGCGUAAAAGGUUACAGCUGUGCGUUUGUGUUGUUGCUUAAUGCAAGCAAGUAAACUACCCUGCAACUAAAAAUAAGUAUUAAAAUCGAAGCUUGGCAAUCAGAUUGGCAUUGGAAUUUUAGUAAUUCUGAAAACUUAAUUUAAAUCGGUUACACGCUGACAACUAUAAAUUAUAAUAGCAGUGAAGUGAAUGAAAUUGAUAAGCUUAUCUUUUCGGAAGCGCAACAACAAUAAGCGCGUUCCACCAAAAACAAUUGAAGUUCUGCCCGUUGAAAUAGUUCCUUUUUUGACUGCGUGGCUACAAGUUGUGGGCGUGUUCGAAUUUCGGCUAGAAGAGGGACCACUGUACACAGGUUUAUUAUAAAUAUAAAAAGCGGCAAUAAUUGUAAAGGCUGCGUGUCAUAAAUAGCGCAUAAACCGAAUCCAAUAGCCAUAUACGUACGUGGAUCUCGUUUCAGCCCAGUCAUGUCCAAGUACUUAUCUGUCCUACUGCUGUCCGCGGCACUUGUUGGAGCUGCCAAGCCGGAAGAUAAUGAGUCGUGCUAUUCCUUCGCCGGCGGCUCCGUUUAUCCCGACCAGCCAAAGGGCGACCAUCAGCUGCAGUACACCAAGGCAGUCAUUUCCAAGCCAGCUCCGCAGUUCGAGGGCACAGCCGUGGUGAAUAAGGAGAUUGUAAAGCUAUCACUGUCCCAGUAUCUGGGAAAGUAUGUGGUGCUACUCUUCUACCCGCUGGACUUCACCUUUGUAUGCCCAACGGAGAUCAUCGCCUUCUCCGACCGCAUCGCCGAGUUCAAGAAGAUCAAGACCGAAGUGAUUGGCGUCAGCGUGGACUCGCACUUUACCCACUUGGCCUGGAUAAACACGCCGCGCAAGGAGGGCGGCCUGGGCGACGUGAAGAUCCCACUGCUCUCCGAUCUGACGCACAAGAUCAGCAAGGACUACGGCGUCUACCUGGAGUCCAGCGGCCAUGCGCUGCGCGGUCUCUUCAUCAUCGAUCAGACCGGAGUCCUGAGACAGAUCACCAUGAAUGAUCUGCCCGUGGGACGCUCUGUGGACGAGACCAUUCGUCUGGUUCAGGCCUUCCAGUAUACGGAUACCCACGGAGAGGUUUGCCCAGCAGGUUGGCGGCCAGGUGCCGAUACGAUCGUUCCCAAUCCUGAGGAGAAGGCGAAGUACUUUGCCAAGAACAACUAGGGACAGAUAGAUGCACAUCACCUUAGCAGCCCAGCCCAGUUGCAUUCCUAAUGUUCACGACUGAAUCACGACCCAAACGAACAAUCGCUAGAGUCCUCUGUACAGAAAGUCCAAGUCCGCAAUGCCACCGAUUGCGAAUGUUUCGCAUUUGCUUUGUACAAAAUAUAGUUUGUUUAUUUUACAGCAUAACUGAGAGAUAAAUAAAUUCAUGAAGUACA